AUGAGCAGUCACAGCGGAAAUGACCGCGAGGGUAGCAACAACGUGCUCUUCCACUACAAAUCUGCGGUGAAGAUUGGGGAGGUGGAACGGUUUGUCAUCACUUAUACCCUACUGGAUUCUGAUGAGAUCCCAGAAGAUCUGAACCUGGACUCUCUGUGGUUGAACGUCCGGAACAUGGAACCGCUGCCGUUCAGGGCUGCGUACCUUAUCGGGCCGUAUAUGCUGUAUUUUGACGUGAGAACGAAACACUACCACCACUCACAACACAUACAUGCAUCCGCAGACCAGCCUCAGUUUGAAGCCAAUCUGCAAGCACAACAGAACAGGGCAGUGGAACUGUCCCUGCAUAGGAUUGAAAGGAAAUACGUAUGGAUCGUAGAUGUCUUCAGCCAAAUUCUCUUUGCGACUAACACGAGUGUCUCUUUCGAGAUCACCGUUGGGAGGACGAGAGAGAGCGUGCUGGGUCCGGUGGUGGAACCACCAGGUUUAGUGACAUAUUCGGACAGGAUGACAGUAGACAGGUUGAACACACUCGACCUGUGGAAACUUCCGGCACAGAUAUCACACUACAGAGGCAAACCUAAACACGUUGUGAUCCUAACGCACGGACUGCACUCGAAUUUGACGUCAGAUCUCAUUUACAUACAAGAAGAGAUUUACAAGGCACAGGACAAAUACCCGAAUGAACAGCUGGUCGUGGACGGUUACUCUGGAAACGUCUGCCAAACUGAAAAGGGCGUGAAAUACCUGGGCACACAACUGGCCGAAUACAUCAUCAACACCGUCUACGAUGAAAAGGUCACCAAGAUAUCAUUUGUUGCUCACUCGCUUGGUGGGCUGAUCCAAACAUUCGCCAUAGCGUACAUCGCGGUGAAACACCCGUGGUUCUUUGAGAAAGUGCAACCGGUGAACUUCAUUGCAAUAGCGUCUCCACUCUUGGGUAUUGUAACGGAUAAUCCCGCAUACAUAAAGGGAUUACUCUCAUUUGGAGUGAUAGGCAAAACUGGACUGGAUUUAGGGCUCGGCGUAAAUAAAGACUGGGAGAAACCGUUACUGUACUUGUUGCCAGGGGAGCCUGUUAGAAGCGUUCUGGCCAAAUUUCAAAGGAGGACACUAUACGCCAAUGCCAUUAACGACGGUAUUGUGCCACUAUACAGUGCAUCGUUGUUAUUUUUGAAUUACGAUGCUGUAGCUGUCUCUUUGCUAGAGGACAAAAAUAUAGAUAGAUCCGCGGAAAGUGUCUCUGUGUCUGAUAACACUGCAUUCUUUGGUGGUAGCUUCAUAUCUCCUUUCACAAAGAUGCUCAGCGUGUGGGCCCCUCAAAAGUUUCCAAAGGAAAACCCUAAAGUUCCCAAGAUAUCUUUUCUUCAAUCUGCAACAUCCCUUCUAAUACCACCACUACCAACGAAGGAACAUAUAAUGAACCCCGAUUCACGGAAACCUGUGAUCAUUCACGAUAAAGUUUACACAGAGGCCGACUUACCCCAAAACGACAUCGAGUUGGACAAAGAGCUGUUCAAUAGCAAGAAUAUCUUACUGGAGACUUUUGCAGUGAGUGGUGCUGAAAGGAAAAAAUACCAAAAAUUGGAGGAGUAUAUUGCUAAGCGUUGGCACAAGGGGCUUUCCUGGCGAAAAGUCAUUGUGGCAUUGAAACCUGACGCGCAUAACAACAUAAUUGUGAGACGAAGAUUUGCCAACGCGUACGGCUGGCCUGUGGUAGAUCAUCUAAUAAGUCAGCAUUUUAACGGUGAAGAAGAAAAUGAAAUUUCAGACGCUCCAGAACUCACUUGUACAAAUUACGAAGAUUGCUCCUGGAUCUCGAAGACGGAAGGGUGUAGCUUGUUUGAUGAGGGUCCGACAGGGAUGUUGUCAACGAUGAGUGACAUGUUAGAAAGCUUUGCGAAAAGAAGGUUCUCCUCUCAAAGUAGCAUGAUAUCGCAAACUGAUCCGGCGGAUCAAGUGCUACAGUACGAGGAGAAUAAUAGUGAUCUCCUGUGA